AUGAUACAUAAUAGACGAAUGGAAAGUUCGUCCGAUUUUGCACGGAAGGGAUGCCUCACAGGGGCAAUAUUAAUGUCUCUAAUUGGUAUGGGACUUAGUAUAGGAGCCAUUCUAACUCCAAGUUGGCAGGUUGUUAAUUUACGAGAAUACAGCUCCAUACACGAGCAUGGUCUAUGGUUAGAUUGUACUAGGCAUAGUAGAGAUGGAAAUCAUAUUCUUCAAAGAUAUGCGACUGUAUCUGAACCUCUUCAUUGUGUUUAUAAAUUCGAUUAUGACAAAUAUUCUGGAACUUUUGAUAUCGAAGACGAUAACAGUCCAGUUGGUGAAGUUAACCGACACAAGUUUUAUGGAUGGCAUACAGUCACUCUAAUCCUACUUGCAUUAGCCUUAGUGACAUCAUUCUUAUCAACUUGUUUGGGAAUUUGCUCUUGUUGCUAUGGUUCUUUGACUUUAGUUUUCACAGCCAUUCUUCUCAUCACAACCUUCUUGUCAUCAGUAGCUGAAGGAAUCUUCUUCUUUUACUCUCACAGAGCUGAUAAUCGAUUCAUUAAAGGAAUCGUUGGUACCUAUGAGCAAAGAGUUGGAAUUGCAUUUUUCUUACAAAUGGCUGCUUGCUUCUGCCAUUUCAUCUCGUUCCUAAUUGCCAUGUUGUCAACCUACUUCUCAUUCGCUGGAGGUAAGGAUCUCUCAGAUCACUACAGCAUUCAAAGAAGUUCACGCACUAAUGUCACUAAUGUUGGGAGAUCAAUGGAAUUCGAUCCAAUGAUGUACCCCAUGCAGACUCCACAACCUACAAGGUAUUCCAAGCAAGAGGAAUAUGAUAGGCAAGUGGCUGAAAGCAUGCCAGAGUUGGGAGGAGUGAGCUAUCCAAGAGGAGCCGCGUUCCCCUCAUCCGACUUCAUGCCAUCCAGAAUUCGUCGGAAGAGCGAAACAUGCGUGUAA